AACUUCCAUUGGCCAGUUUCAGUCCUUUCCCCCAGGCUCUCAUUUGCAACCAGCAACGUCGAUCAAAGUGGGAGGUGUGUGUGUUUUAAUACUCGCCUCCGCUCCUCCUGUCUCGACCCCCUUUUAUCUUCAAUGUGAGAGUUCCUGUUACAGGUAGUAGGAAUUACAUCGCCCAAGACUUCGUAUCUUUUCUAAAAAGCGCGGGAGGUCAACGCUCUGAACGCGCAAACGGGCUAUCUGGCUGUGGAGUGCGCGUUUUCCUUCUAGUUUUGGUCUCCGAUAGAAAGCAAACUUUCCAAAGCUAUUCUUAAAGGGCUCCUUCUUAGUCCCUCUCCGGCCCCGCCCACCGACCCCCCAGGACUCCUGUGCAUCACCCGCAGCCACCGUCAAGAGGAGCCGCUCGUUACGAUCGAGGGAGAGGAACGAGCGGGCGCGGGUUGCUCAGCGGCCACCAUCCCGGUGCCUUUCCGUCCUGCCCAGCCCUGCUCAUCAGCAGGUUGCUGGCGCGGGCUCGAGCAGAGGGAGGCGACGUUCACUUUUGCCCAGUGGGCACGCGGCAGGAGGGAGCUGAUCGCGACCCGUGGGGUGUUUAUGUGUGUCUCUCCCCACCCCGGCGUAGGGGGAGGAGAAAAGUGAUGAGCCUCGUAUUGUUCCCCUCGUAAGCGACUCCUCCUGGGCCAUGGGCGCCUCGCCUUUGUUCCCCGAGUGAGCGACGCCAGCCCUCCCGCGAGCCCUCGUUUCCGACCCAAGACAAACAGAGGAGCCCUCCGCCUCUUUCUCGGGGAGCAACAUGGACGUGACCAUUUCUGAGCUCAUGGAGCUCUUUCUGCAGAGCCCCUUGGUGACCUGGGUGAAAACAUUUGGACCAUUAGGGAAUGAUAAUGAAGACAAACUCGCAAUGUAUAUGGAUCUAGUGGAUGGAGUCUUCCUGAACAAAAUAAUGUUGCAAGUAGAUCCACGGCCAACAAACCAGCGUGUCAACAAGCAUGUUAACAAUGAUGUCAACCUCCGGAUUCAAAACCUCACUAUUUUGGUCAGAAACAUCAAGACCUAUUAUCAGGAAAUGCUCCAGCAACUGAUCAUUAUGAGUUUGCCCAAUGUCUUGAUAGUUGGCAAAGAUCCUCUGUCUGGAAAAAGUAUGGAUGAACUUAAAAAGCUGUUACUGUUGGUGUUGGGUUGUGCUGUGCAGUGUGAAAGAAAAGAAGAAUUCAUUGAAAGGAUAAAACAGCUAGAUAUUGAAACUCAGGCUGCAAUAGUUUCACACAUUCAAGAGGUAACCCAUAACCAGGAGAAUGUAUUUGACUUGCAGUGGCUAGAUCUUCCAGAUAUGGCACCAGAAGAGCUUGCGUCUCUCUCCAGAAAUAUGGUUUUCCAUCUCAAGAGGCUGAUUGACGAGAGGGAUGAGUGCACAGAACUAAUUGUAGAUCUCACUCAAGAGAGAGAUUACCUGCAAUCCCAACAGCCACCCAGCCCUCUGAAAGCAUCAAGCCCUGCCUCUUCCCCAAACCCAGCCAGCCGCCUCUCCAAUGAGGACAAGCAGCAUCUGUCUGUGGAGCUUGCAGACACAAAGGCUAAACUAAGGAGAAUCAGGCAGGAGCUGGAAGAAAAAUCGGAGCAACUUGUUGACACUAGACAUGAAGUAGAUCAGCUUGUCCUGGAACUGCAGAAAAUAAAGCAGGAGAACAUUAACCUCAUGGCAGAUGCCCGCUCUGCUCGGGCCUAUAGAGAUGAAUUGGAUUCCUUAAGAGAGAAAGCAAACCGAGUGGAGAGGCUUGAAAUGGAGCUGGUCCGAUGUAAAGAGAAAUUACACGAUGUGGAUUUCUACAAAGCACGGAUGGAGGAGCUUAGAGAAGACAACAUCAUAUUAAUUGAAACAAAGACAAUGCUAGAAGAGCAGCUGAUGGUAGCAAGAGCUCGCAGUGAUAAACUGCAUGAAGUUGAAAAGGAAAACUUGCAAUUGAAAUCCAAACUUCAUGACAUCGAACUGGACAGGGAUACUGACAAAAAAAGGAUUGAGGAGCUGCUGGAAGAGAAUAUGGUGCUGGAGGUUGCACAGAAGCAAAGCAUGAAUGAGUCUGUUCAUCUGGGCAGAGAACUGGAGCAGCUGUCAAAGAGCACAGACCUCUCUGAUACAAGGAAGUCUUUUGUCUUUGAACUGAAUGAAUGUGCAUCAAGUCGCAUCUUGAAGCUUGAGAAGGAUAACCAGAGUCUGCAAAAUAUCAUCCAGGAGCUCAGGGAUGCAUCUGUAACCUCUGAAGAGAAUAGCCUUAAAUAUGUGGAGCUACAAAAUGAGAAUCAGCAGCUUGGCCAAAAGAUUGAAAAGCUGCAAAACCAGAUUGAGAGGGAGAAGCAAAGUCAUCAAGACUUGGAGGCGUUAAGCGAGGAACUUCUAAAAGAGAAGGAGGAGCUUCAGGGCAUGAUGGAGACGUUGAAAGCCGACAAAGAGAGACAGAUAAAAGACCUAGAAAAGGAAACUGACCAUCUCAAUCAAGUGGUUUUGUCACUGAGGCAGAGGUCUCAAGUGAGCAGCGAGGCCAGAGUGAAAGACAUUGAAAUAGAAAACAAAAUACUCCACGAAACCGUUACAGAGACUAGCAGCAAGCUCAGCAAACUGGAGUUUGAGAAGAAGCAAUUGCAGAAGGACUUUGAACAGGUUAAAGAAAGGGUGGAAAGAGUAGAGGAAAUGGAUAAGGAGCUUCAUCAGCUGGAGAGGGAGAAUGAGCAGCUCACAAAGAAAGUUGCUGCCAUGAAAAUCACUAUAGAGAAAGUUGUGGUUCUUGAGCAAGAAAAUGGGUAUCUGGAAGUGGAGAACAGGAAGCUGAAAAAAUCCCUAGACACUUUGCACAAUGUUUCUGUCCGUCUGGAAAGCUUGGAAAAGGACAACAAAGAGCUAGAUGAAGAGAACUUGGAACUUAGGAGAAUGGUAGAGACAAUGAGGUUUGCUGGUGCAAAAAUGGCUCAGAUAGAGGCAGAAAAUAAAGAGCUGGAGAGAGAAAAAGAGGAGCUUAGGGGAAAUGUAGAGAUGUUAAAGAUUCUGAUCAAGAAAUCGGAAAGGUUGGAGCUGAGUUACCAGAGUGUGAAUGCUGAGAACCAAAGGCUCCAGCAGAUUCUGGAGAAUAGCAGUAAGAAAAUCCAGCAGUUGGAGAAGGAACUCCAGGGCACUGAAAGUGAAAAUCAGACCCUCCAGAGGAAAUUAGAGGAGCUGAAGGUUUGUAAUAAGCGUCUGGAGUGGCUGGAGAAGGAAAAGAAAGUGCUGGAGCAAGAAGUGUCCCAAUUGGAUAAAGACAAGAAGAUGCUGGAGAAGGAGACAAAAAGGCUUUGGCAGCAGGUGGAGCUGAAAGAUGCUAAUUUGGACGAGAACACUGUAAAAUUGGCAACCAUGGAGAAGGAAAACAGAACACUAGAGAGAGAACUUGCUCGAUCCAGAGACUCCUGUAAUAAGAUGAAAGAGUUUGAAAAGGACAAUAAAGACCUCAUAAAGCAAGUUACCAUUGACAAGAGAACACUAGCUACAUUGAGAGAGGAUUUGGUUCUUGAGAAGUUAAAGAGCCAGAGGUUGUCUAGUGAGAUGGACAAGCUGGACCAGGAACUGGAGAAGAUUGGAUUAAAUAAGGAGCGUCUCUUACAGGAUGAUAAUGGAAACAAUGACAAGAAAUACAAGAUAUUCGAAAGCAAAACUGAAUGUGCCCUAAAGACAACACUAGCUGAUAAAGAAGAGAAAAUUGCUUUAUUGGAGGCUCAGCUGCAAGAGUUUCUUACCUUGAAUCAGCAGUUACAGAAUGAACUAAACACAAUGAGGAAGGACUUUGAAGGUCUCAAGCAGAAGCAAGAGGAUGGAAUCCUUAUGCAGACUUUGUUGAAGCAGCCCUCUGAAGACUUUGUUUCCUGUCAUCAGGCAAAGGAAAAGUGGGGAAAGGGACACACAGAAGCCACCAUGGAGCUUCUGAAAGUGAAGGACAGAGCUAUAGAACUGGAAAGGAAUAACGCAGCCUUGCAUGCAGAGAAGCAGCUUCUUAAGGAACAGCUAAAACAUUUGGAAACUCAGAACACCUCCUUCAGCAGUCAGAUCCUGACACUACAGAAGCAAAACGUCUUCCUUCAAGAGCACAACACUACAAUGCAAACACAAACAGCCAAGCUCCAGGUGGAGAACUCAACCCUAAAUUCCCAGAGUGCCUCCUUGAUGGCCCAGAACACUCUGCUCCAAAACCAGCAGCUGGCCAAGGAGAAUGAAUACGACAACCUGCUCAAGCAGAAAGAGCAGCUCAAGGCAGAGUACGAGUCCCUCCUGCAAGACCACGAGCACCUGACCUCACUGCAUGAGCGGCAGUCAACAGAAUUUGAAAUGCUGAUAAAACAGCACAGCUGCCUCAAAGCACUGCACAAAAACCUUGACCUGGAGCACAAAGAUCUGGGAGAAAGAUAUAACAGCUUAAUACAAUACAAAGCCAAACUGGAAGAGCUGGAAAAAAAUCUGAAAACAGAAAAAGAUGUUCUACAACAGGAAAAGAGUGCAACUACAAUAGUGGCUGCAGAGAACCAGAAGCUGAGAGAAGAGCUGGAAAGGGUGAAUUUCUUACACAACAAGCUCAAAGCAGAAUAUGAGGGGCUUCAUGCCCACGCUAAGGAACUGAAAACUUCCUUGAAUAGUUCCCAGCUAGAGCUGAACCGUUGGCAAGCUCGCUAUGAUGAGCUGAAGGAACAGCACCAGACCAUGGACAUCUCUUUGACUAAAUUGGACAACCACUUUGAGUUGCUGGCCCGACUAAAAGGAAACUUGGAAGAAGAGAAUCAUCAUCUCCUGAGUCAGAUCCAGAUGCUGAGUCAGCAGAACCAAAUGUUGUUGGAGCAGAACCUGGAGAACAAGGAGCAGUUUCACGAGGAACAAAAGCAAUAUAUUGAUAAACUAAAUGCCCUAAGGAGACACAAAGAAAAACUGGAGGAGAAAAUAAUGGAUCAAUAUAAGUUUUAUGACCCAGCUCCGAAAAAGAAAAACCACUGGAUCGGAGCUAGAGCUUUGGUUAAACUCAUGAAGCCAAAGAAAGAGGCUACAAGAGAACGAUUGAAAUCUUCAGCAGAGAGCCCUCCAUGGCAAUCAGAAAGCACAGAGACAGCAGGGUCACCAUCUCCUUCACAGCUGCCCAAGCAGCAGGAGAGUCUGGAAAACACCUCAGCAGAGUCCAGCUCAUUAGAAGGCAGAAAGCAGAAUAAUGGACCUGUGGGCAAAGUAGUUUCAAAGCCAAAGAGGAAUUCUCAUUAUGGAGGCAGCAAUGACCACAUUGAAAUGGCAGCAGAUUCUGCUUUUAAGCAGUGCUGUGUGGAGCCAAGUUCCAGGACUUACUCUGCCUCAGCCACCUUCUUGGCUGCUUCUGGUUAUACUCCCACCUCUAGACCACAAAACAGACCCAAAGGCCAUAAUUCAGAUGGUGAUCUGUGUGAAAACUUUCCAGAGGUAGAGCUUUCAAAAAGGCAGCACAUAUCAAGGCCAAAUAGCUUAGAGAAUAGUGAAAAUGCAUCCACCAGCAGCUCCCCUCUAAACGUGAAAGGUUCUUUUGACCACAUUCAUGGCCGAUCAGACAGUCUCAGCAGUGAAGAGACUGUGCUGAAUAAAGACAUGCCUGGCUCAUCUAGAGACGGCCUUUUUUGUCCCACCUCAUCUGCUAUUGGAAGUUCAAACGCUAAGCACAAUACUUCCCUUACAAGGAAUAGUAUGUUCCCAUAUGACAUACCUCAGAAAAGUAACCAAGCCAGUGUGCACUCUAUUAGGCAUCGAUCUACUUCUCCUGGCAGCGAGUUGGUGACUUUGGAAGAGUUCCUGAAUGAAAGCAACAGAUUAUCUCCACUUAAUGACAUAUCCAGUAGAGAUGACUUCCUGAGUGACUACUGCAGAAAAGCAAAUGAAUCUCCAUCUAUUGGAAGUCAGCUUUCUCAGGCAAAUAGGAAGGAGACAACCAAGAUGCGCACCAUCUAUGUUACUCCAACCAUAAAGAUGCCUGGCACUAAUGAAGAUGGAAGGCCAGCUAAGCCAGGUCACUAUGUCAAGCCAAACCUUCAACCAACAGAACUGGAGCUUGUGGCAAACUCCCCUGGUUCCUACAAGCUUACUCCUGCAUCUCAAAGGGGGGGAUCGAGGCAGAUGGCGCAGCCUCAACAGUGCAGUACCAUGAACAAGCAGAUCUCAUCAUUGAACCGCACAUUUAGCCUGGCUUCAGCAGACCUCCUCAGAGCCACUGGCCCAGAGGCAUACCGACGCUACGACAGCCUUCCGAAGCCCACAACUGCAGAUAUCCAAAUGGGCAAGGACUCAGACAGCCAGAUUCCUCCACUGCCUUUAGCUGGUGGCUCUCAGGUCUCUCUGAGAGAGAGGCCACAGUCUGCAAAGGUGGUAGGUUCUCUGCAAAAUGUGGAAUCUCGUUGUCGACAGCUUGAUGUUAGACGCCUGUCUCUAGCACCUCCAAAGGAUGAGAGGUCGCUCUCGUUCCCUCCAUUUUCUUACUCGCCCACCACUUCCAAGGAUGAUUUGAACUCUCAGCUGCAGGAACGAGCAAAAGCAGGUUUGGAGCAGCACUGCUCCCCUCCACAAUAUGCUGCUUCUAAAAUCAAAUCCAAGCCGGUGUUGCGGUCUGGAGAAGUGGCCACAGUGACUCCUGUUAGGGUUGUCUCCAGCAGCACAGAAGGGGACAGUCCCCAAGGGUCAGGCCCAAGCGACACCUCUCAUACCAAAGGUCGAUUGCCAGAAAAUAAAAUCCUAGCAGGGGACACUGAAGAAGCAAACAGAGGGGUCAGCUCCAAGGACCCUCCAGCCUCACCAGAUCCCCAUGCUGAUCAGCAGACUGUUUGGUAUGAAUAUGGUUGUGUGUGAUGCUGUCUUAUCCUCUCCCCCCCCCCAGUUAUCCCAAGGGAUGUAUAAUAUGUGCUUUACUACUGGAAAUUGGGUGACUUUGGGAGCAAUGGUUUCUCUAAAUACAGAGCCACUGCUUGUUGUCUUAACUGUCUUCUAGAUGCUUACAGAGUAGAACAGCCUUGACCAACCUGAUGUCCUCCAGAUAUUUUGGUCUACAAUUCUCAUUAGCCCUAGCCAGCGGUCAAAAACUAUGGGAGUUGUAAUCCAAAACAUCUGAAAGGCAUCUGGUUGGGGAAGGCUGGUGUAAUAAAACAAAAUGCAUUGAUGUGUAACUGAGGUAAAAUACUAAAUUGCCAAAUUCUCUUGUGCCUAGAAGACCACAUGGACAGCUUAAACAUGCCCUUUUCUUCCUGCCUUCCCUGAAACCCAGAAAUUAAGCUGAACUCCCAAGAGCACAGAGGGCUUACCAUUUUGCUUCUCUUAUAUUGCCCUCUGACUCUGUUGCCCGUUAUUAAUUGGAAAAUUGUGUAUGUAUGUGUCUUUGUCUACUGAGGUCAAGCCUUACUGAAAUAUUACUCAGUACAACAGGCACCUCCCUCUUAUUUUGAAAUGACAGGUGCUUUCUUCUAAGCUGUAAGUCUUUUGUUGGGUCUGGGUAAAGCAACUUCUGUUUUAAAAGCAGGGUGUGGCUGAAUCAUGGUGGUUUCUGACUGAUGGCUAUCGCAUCAUUAGAUACAUACAAUAGAGGCCUGUUAAAUGUCCUGGGUUUUUUUGUUGCACCUGCAUUUUGGUGCAGUGGAGGUGCUGUAUUUCAUAUAUGCUUAAUGUUUUAUGAAAAACACUGGAACUGAUGCACCCUUUUUGUGGGGUGAUGCCUCCUUUAAACAGUGACUCUCCAUGCACUAGAAUAAUGUAUUUACUACUGCGUACAUUAAACAUUAAAUCACUAUGUGGAUCUGCUGGGUGUCUGAGGAACACAGUUUGUAAUUCUACUUGCCUUCUAAUGUGUACAAUUGCUUGUAUCCUAAAUGAUAUGUAGCAGAUUCUUUUGAUGAACUUAUGGCUGCUGCAAUCCUCAAACUAGUUUGUCCCACUGGAGCCAGUCAUAUUAAGUAGUUGAGUUUUUCAGGCCAAGCUUAUAACUCUGUUAACCUGAUCUGUGUAGAAACCAACAUGCAUUUCUAUGCUCAUGAAAGAAAUACUUUUUAUUCAAUCAUAUUUAUGCCCAGCUGAAAGUCUUUUACAUUGCAUGAGCUUCAUUGAGUGCUUAUGUAUAUCUUGAGCGUAUGUGUGUUUCUGCAGUUUUGCUUGUAAAGAUGCUUUUUUUGGUGUGAGACAGAUUACAUUCUAAUUGUAAAAGUUCUCCUAAUUUGUGAUUUACUAUAGGGAGAGAAUACACAAAUCUGUAACAAUUGCACACAACCAGUGACUAGUGUGUAGCAAUCAUAUUGUGAGAAGAGUGAGAUUGUUUAUAAUAAAGCCUUUUAAAAAUA